GAAGUCUGGAGCUCCCAGGUGAUCUCACUUCAUGUGAUGACAUUGGGAGGCACUAGAAGCUCAAGUGGAACAAAAGCAAUGCUGCUUCAGCUCUUAGUGGUUCUUCUGUUUGUUGAACAAGUAAAAAAUGUUCCUCUAGUUGACGUCAAGACAUUACCAAAGGGUAACGUUCAACCAGAGACUUUGGAAGAAAUAGUCUCUGACAGAAUCGAAUUGGUGGAAGGAGAUAUGUUGAUGUCGAUAGGCACUGACCUCUCGGGGAUCCAAAAUAGGAACAAGCGGACAGACAGGAAUGCUGUGGGAGAUUCUUGGCCAACUACAGCCUUACCAUAUGAGAUCAGCCCAGAAAUAAAGCAUAGAACAGAUGAUGUAAUUGCUGCGAUGGCUAUGGUGUCUGAACACACCUGUAUAACUUUCCAUCGGAGAGAACCCUCUGAAAAAAACUAUGUGCUCUUCCAAAUUAGCAAUGGCUGUGCUGCACAUGUGGGCUUCAUGGGAGGUCAGCAGAGUGUGUUUGUCGGACCAUCGUGCAAUGUCGGAAACAUCGCUCAUGAAAUUCUUCACAGUCUUGGUUUCCAACAUGAACACACCAGGUUGGACCGGGACGAUUAUAUUGAAAUUGUUCAGAGCAACAUAAUCCCAGGAAUGGAGAAGAACUUUAAAAAGAUGAGUGGGAAAACGUUUUCUGUUCCAUAUGACUACAGUUCGAUCAUGCACUAUGGAAGGUAAGAUUGUUUU